AUGGCAAGCUAUACGAUUCAAGAAUAUUACGAUAUGAUAAUGGCACUCGGUGCAUCCAACGGGCAGCAUUACGUUGCUGCAAGACGAUACGCCGAAUUAUACCCAAAUCGGGCGAGACAUCCAAUGCCUGAUGUUAUACUCGGAGCAGCCCAAAGAUUAUUCGAAACGGGCAAUGUUCUCCCGAAUAAACACAACGUUGGAAGAAACCGAACCGCAAGAAAUUUGCGGAAUACGGAGAAGUGGUUCGUGCUGUCGAGCAAGAGCCUGAGACAAGUAUUCGGACUAUUGCUCGAGAGCACAAUUUCUCAUAUUCAACGAAACAGAGCAACUUCUCCUAUGGAACAAUUAUUACUUACACUUCGUAUUUACGCUACAGGAUCAUUUCUUAUAACAAUUGGAGAUUUUUCUGGAGUGAGCACAACUUCGGCACAUUAUAUUGUACAUAGAGUUAGUGCAGCUAUUGCUAGAUUACGGCCUCAUUAUAUCCAUUUACCAACUACAGAAGAGGAGAUAAGAAAUGCUCAACUACAAUAUUAUAAUAUUGCACGUUUUCCUAGAGUCAUUGGUUGUAUAGAUUGCACACAUAUUCGUGUUCAAUCAUUUGGUGGAGAAAAUGCUGAAUUGUUUCGCAAUAGAAAAGGUUACUUUUCUUUCAACACUCAAGUAGUAUGUAACAGCAAUUUAGAAAUAAUUGAUAUAGUUGCUCGUUGGCAAGGUUCUGUUCAUGAUAGUACUAUUUUUAAUAAUAGUCGUUUGAGAGCAAACUUUGAGAAUGGAAUGUAUGGCAAUAGUUUGUUAUUAGGAGAUUCCGCAUACCCAUUAAAAAGAUAUCUUGUUACUCCGUUGUUGGCACCACAAACUGCUGCAGAACAUCUUUAUAACGAAGCACAUAUUCGCACUCGAAAUACAAUAGAACGUCUUUUUGGCAUUUGGAAAAGAAGAUUUCCAAUCCUAGCGCUUGGAAUGCGAUAUCAUCAACACAGAAUAAUGAAUAUUAUUAUUGCAACAGCAGUGCUUCAUAACAUUGCUAGACGAAAUAAUGAAGCAGUACCAGAUAACGAUCCAGAUUUAAAUUUACCUGCACCAUGGGAUCAAAUGUUAGCAGAAUGUAACAUAAAUCACAGAAAUAAUAAUGACGAAGUUGCUGAUGUAGCAGUUCGAACAGAAUUAAUUCAUAAUUACUUUGCCAAGUAA